AUGGCCAAACUGUCAAAACAAGGCCAGAACUCCCUGGCAUUUAGUAAUGUUGAUGAAUUAAAGAAAGUGUUUCUAAAACAAAAUCGAACAAUAGCCAAGUCGCAUUCCAUGCUUACGUUAAAAGUCUCUCAGCUUGAAGACCGACUAUCUCACUUUCAAACAGAGACUUAUAAUUUAAAAACUGAAAAUUUUGAGCUUAAUCGAGUAAUUCGGGAAUUUGAACAAGAUAACACAGAACUACAAUCUCAUGUACAACAUCUUGAGCAACAAUUAGAACAACAAGCUCAAAAAUACCAACAGAAUAUUCAAACAGAGUCUGAUAGCUCAAAAGAAAUCCAAAACAAUACUCAUCAACACUGUUCUCCUGAAGUAUGCGGACAUGAUCGACCUAUAACAACUGAAAUGUAUCAAAAUAUUUACAAACUAAAUCAAAAACUUGGUGAAGCAGCCAGAAUAAUCAACUCCUUAAAUGUGUCUUUAUCACCAAAUCGACGAACACGAGGUUCUGAUCAAAAUUUAUUAUUCAGAGAAAGCUUUAGUAGGCAAUCUUUUGAAAGAACACAAUCUAGUUCUAGAACUAAUUCUCUAUCAUCUGUAAUCAUACAUAGACGACACUCUCAGGACAUUAAAGGAGAUGAUACCACUAAUAAUGAUUUCAAUAACAACAUUCUAUCUUUUUCAUCUCCAAAUAUGUCAAAAAGACUAAGCCAAUUACCAAUUAGACCUACAAGCAGAAACUCUUCGCGACGAACAAGUGGGUUUGUCAAUGUAUCUUCUCUUAUCACUCUAGAAAAUUCAACACAUAACGAAGAUAUUACGAAUUCACCAGAGCCUUUAGAUACCAUAGUGUCAAGUGAUGGGGUGAAAAACAGCGAUUUGAUUUCUUCUGAUUCCGAAGUUUCUUCAAAAGAUUUUGAUAGUCUUGAAAUGUCCCCAAACAACUUACCUUUUCCAAAACAAAUUUCUGAAGAGCCAAAUAAGGAAGGUGAAAUAUAUGAGGAAGAAGAUAUUAGAUGGAACGACAAAGAAAGAAAAAUUAGCAGUAAUUCUGAAGUUCCCGAGAUUAACAAGUCUUAUGAAGGCAUUGAAAAUGUCUCUAACAAUUCAACUAUUGAACAUGAUAACGAAAACGAAGAAGAACAUGAAACUAAAAAUCAAUAUAGCGACUCUGAAGAAGAUGAUGAAUACGACUCCUGCAUACCAGAAGAGGAAGAGGUUUCUUCAGAAGAAAUAUCUCUUGUACAAGAUAACAUUCAACAAAAAAACAAUAUCACAUCAGAAUCGUCACCUAAGAACGAAGUUUUAGUUGAAAUAAAGCAUCUUAAAGAAAGGGAAUGCGCUGAUGUCAUUGAUUUAACAGAUAGUAUCGAUUCUUCCAGCAUUGAGAUUGACGAAAAUUGUGAUCAAAAUUCGCGUGAUUUUCAAGGAGUUACAUUUAGAAGAUCUAAACAAGUUUCACGAAAAGUCUGUAACGCAACUUCGUCCUCGGUAAUACCAAUUCAUCAAGAUUUGUCUCUUUUAACAGCUCAUAACAUAGCUAAUGAUUGUUCUCCCGACAUUGCUUUAAAAACAAAAACUAAACUUAAUAACUCAGUAAUUUUGAACAAUAGUUUCAACUCAAAAGGUAAUUUUGAGUCUGAUAAUGAAGCUGCUUUAAGAAGUUCAGUAUCAUUUUCAAAUAAUAUAGCCAAGUUAGGACAGAAAAGUCAAACUGACAUUGAGAACCUUACAAUUAACAUUAGCAGCUCUUUUUCAAAAGAAGUUCAACAAAGAGUUGACGAAAAUAAUUCUAACACAGAUCAAAGCAUUACACAAAAUUCUCUAAGAACCACAAACGUACAACCAUGUUCAAAUACAAAAGCCAGAAGGACAAAAAGAUCUGCAACAUCAUCAAGACGAGCAGCAAGGUCUGCUGCAUCUCCAGCUUCAGCAAAACGUCCUUCACCAAACGAAACAGAAACGAUGCCAGAAACCCUCUCAUCUUUGGCUUCUAUUUCAAAUUCAGUGUCGCCCUCAUCGUUUAAUGCAAUGAUUCCGAGGCGUCCCCGGAGAAGCUGCUCAAAAAAUAUAAGUUACACUCUUCCAUCUUUGUCCACCAAACUUCGAAAAGAAGUCAAUUCAAAUUUUGAUGCAGUGGUAACAGAGACAGACAUUAUAACAGCAGCAGCAGCAUCUGAAUCCAUUUCAAAUAAGCGCAAAAGGAGAGUAACAUCUGAAAAAGCCCGCAAGAAAAAGUCUUUGGACAGUCAGUCAGACCCAAAACUUGAUUGCAGAAAAAGUACGGACACCUUGGUUCAAGUUGUACCAAAAUCUCUUGAAAACACGCCUACAAAAAAAAGUGUAAAACGAACAAAGACAUCUGCGGUUGGAAAGGAAAAUAUUGAUCCUUCAUCAGAUUUGAUCAUUAUGUAA